AUGUAUGUCCCCCUAUAUGACAAAUCACUGCAGUGUGGUGGCGCCGGUACACGUCGAUGGACUAUAGAUGGCCCUGCUUCUACUGGUAUGGUAUCGUUGCUGGGCGGCAUUCUUGUCGUUUGGGCAAGCAGUCGGUGGGUUCAAGGUUUUCAACUUUCGCACAAGCGGGCCUUCAAGGAGGCUGGCAUGCUAGCGGCAAUGGCUGAGGAGAAUUUAACGCGACAAGGGUCGGGCGUCGGCGUCGGGGUCAACGAGGCCACCACGGCAUAA